AUGGACCCCACGCCGCCACCCACUAUGAAUGGGAUUGCCGAAGGGCCAUGCAUGAACACUCAAUGUGCUCGUUCCCAGGGCAUCCUACAGGGAGUCAACGACACCCUCCUAAGCGAAAGGACUGCAGCCGUAGAAGAAGCAACUACCCUCGGGAGAGAGAAUAUCGGAUUACGGGCAGAUAUUGCACGGUUGCGAGCAGAUAUUGAACAGUUGCGAGAACAAGUCGUACGAGUGCGGGCAGGGCCUAAAAAGCACACCGAAAGGGCCUGGCCAGGAAUGGUACGACAACACCUUUUGACCGGAGAUCCGACAUGGGAGGAAGUGUGUGGACAGUGCAACAAGGAAGAGAACAUGAGUGUCAACAUCAACCGGGUUCAUCCGAACAUCAAGUUCGUCACACGAGAGGAAGGAGAUGCAGCCAUUGAGGACCUUCCUGGAUCGAAUAUUAACAACGGACCAUUUAACUUCAAUGGCCUUCCGGCCGAAGUUCAAGCCAGGAUCUUCAAAAUCUGGCCAUUCAAGAAGGGGAAACUCGUCCACGCAAUUUCCAGAUUGGAUCCCUUUGUCCCACUCGAAGAGUUCCCAGAGGAAGCAGCACUCAGCAGACGAAGUGGCCUUAAACGCUUCUUCUUCUUCGAACGAAAAUGCAGUAUCACUCAUAGCGGCCAAGCCCCCAACGACCUCUUGCGUAUGCUCUUAGUAUCUAGGCGCUUCUACUUCAUCGGCAUCCAUGCCUUCUGUGGCUUGAAUACCUUCGCCUUUUCGAGCCUCGGCGAAUUCCACCGCUUCUGCCAGGGCAUCGGCCCGGCCCGCGUCGAGCGCCUGCAGCAUCUUGAGAUUACUCUCACUGGAAACCAAUAUCUGACCGUCGCCUUGGACCCAAAGGGCCGUCUGCCUUACUCUCGACGAACCUUCGGCCUAAGUUUUCUCCCAGAUUGCCAAAGACUCAAAACGUUAGUAAUUCAUAUCGACGAGUCUGGUAAGCGCUACCAGCGUCGCCGAUACGGAGACAGCAAUUAUAAGCAUCGUCGGGAGAGUUCGAAAUUGGAGAAUUUGCAGCCUCUUUUUAGGGCAAAUGGACAAGAGGGGGCUUGGAACCCCGUUAGGGCAGAUUGGGGGCUGGUUAAAGGGUUUUACAUCGAUAAUGGUGGUAUCUGGUCGUAUGACCAGCUAAGACAAGAUGGGGGGUUACCUCACGACACUGACGUUCCGUCGCGGAUGAGCGCGAGCAGCGGUCCGAGACAGAGGGGUUCUUCGAGUUCUUCGAGUUCUUUGAGCUCGAGCUCUUCUUUUUCUUCAUCCUCAUCAUCAUCUGGGGGACCGCAUCAUGGUCGUAGAGGUCCUCCCAUUGGGGGUCCAGGGGAUGCCGACAUGGAGAGGAACUCACCACCUGACAGAAGGGCUGGUAGUGAGAUAAUCGAAGUCCCCUCCGACUCCGACUCCGACGAAGACAGCCUCUUCGUCAGCCAAAACAACCGUCACAACGACCACCUCGAAUACAACUCCAACCGCAGCCGUCACAGCACCAGUCCCGGAACCGGUGACGCCGGAACGCCGAUGGCGAUCGACGACGAGGAUAAUGAAGACGAUCAUAACCCCCACCAUCAGCACCACAAUUCAAGCCCAUCACCAUCUCCCCACCCCUCCUAA